AGAGAAAGAGAAGAGAAGAAAGAAAGAAAGCCCAAAUCAAGUCCUCCAAGGCAUAAAGGAUCAUAUUAUUUUAUAUAUCACUCCUCUUUUCUUCCACGCAAACCCCAAUUCCAUUCUUCUUCUCCUCCUCCUCCUUCGAUCAAUUCAAUUCAAUUCAAUUCAAUUCGCAACUUCUUCAUCCAAAUUUCCACCGCCUGAGAACAAGUCCUGUUGGAUUCUCAUAGCUGAACUUCGCUUCCUCUCUGCUCUUCCUUUUGUGGGUCGCUCGAAAGGAUCUGUUGCUGCAUUUUCGUGAGGGCAUUACUUUAUUAAAUUUUCCAAGUGGUAACUAAGCGGGGAAUGGACUGGUUGUGUUGGUCAAUCGUCAGUCUUUUCGAAUGAUGAGUGGGGGGCAAAAACCUCCAAAUGUAUUCAACUUCUUUAAAUGGCAACGUGGUGAGCCCUCAUCGUCUUUAACCACUGGAUUACUCGAUAAUGCGUCGCACGAGAUUGAGCUGUCCAACUACGGGGGAAUAGGCAUACCAAGCCCUGGUAGCGAGAGCCCGUCGGGGCUUCUCAACGGAGAGAGCUUAAACGUACAACCCAUAGCUGAUUUGGAUCUCUUCUUCGAGAAGCUCUACAGCUACUACAGAGACAAAGGCCUUUGGUGUAUUAUUGUUAAGUGGGCUGUUGAGCUUCUGAGUCUCGGCUUCAUCAUAUGCUUCUCUGGGUUCUUCUUGCUGUAUGUGGAUUGGCGUGGUCUUAAGAACGCGAAAUGUGGAAUGGAUGCUGUUGAAUCGGGGACUAAGCCGUGUGAUCUUGUGAAAGAAGCUAUCCAUGAGCACCCUCUUUCCCCUUUCACGCUCACAACGGCUAUAAUCGUUGGAUACUUGGCUCUCUUCUCUCUCUACUGGCUCUUCUGCUUCUUAAGGUUCUUUGCACAAUUGAAGGAUACGUUAGACUUCCGGCACUUUUAUUACAACAGCCUUCAUGUCACUGACAACGAGAUCUUGACCAUGCCAUGGGAAACAGUCCUUGAAAAGGUGGUUCAGUUACAAAGCUCACAGCGUCUUUGUGUGGUGAAGGAUCUUUCAGCUCAUGAUAUUGUUAUGCGCCUUAUGCGGAAAGAGAACUACUUGAUCGGAAUACUCAACAAAGGUUUGCUUUCUUUCCCAAUCUCCCAUUGGAUCCCUGGUGCUGGUCCAUUAGUCAAAACUGCCCCAGAUGGGACGCAACAUCACCUUGUAUUGACAAAGACGCUUGAGUGGACCCUGAACUGGUGCAUAUUGCAGAGCAUGUUUGACUGCAAUUUUCGUGUAAGAAGGGACUUUGUAUCAAACCCUGAGACACUGAAGAAACGGCUGUUUGUAGUUGGGCUUGCUAUGCUUCUGCUGUCACCAUUUCUUGUCAUCUUCAUGUUGGUGUAUCUUUUCCUAAGGCAUGCUGAGCAGUUUUACAAUCAUCCAAGUACUGCAUCUUCUAGAAGAUGGUCCAAUUUGUCUAGAUGGCUCUUCAGGGAGUUCAAUGAGGUUGACCAUUUAUUCAAGCAUAGGAUUAACAGCAGUGCAGAACACGCGUCCCAAUAUCUGAACCAGUUCCCCUCGCCUAUUAUCUCCAUUAUUGCAAAGUUCGUCUCGUUUGUGUCUGGCGGCUUUGCGGCUGUGUUAAUCAUCAUUGCGUUUCUCGAAGAAUCUCUUCUAGAGGGCCAUAUAUUUGGUCGCAAUUUGUUCUGGUAUGCUGCUGUGUUUGGAACUAUUACAGCCAUUAGUCGGGCUGCUAUCUCGGAUGAACUUUUGGUCCUCGACCCUGUGGGAACUAUGGCUGCGGUGGUGCAACACACUCACUAUAUGCCUAAGAGAUGGCGUGGUAAGGAGAACAAAGAUGAUGUCCGUUUGGAGUUAGAGACCUUGUUUCAGUAUACUGGAAUGAUGUUGCUGGAGGAGAUAGCUUCUAUUUUCAUAACACCGUUUUUGCUGAUGUUUAUCGUGCCAAAGCGGGUUGAUGAUAUACUGCAAUUCAUAAGAGAUUUUACAGUUGAUAUUGAAGGUGUAGGCAACGUUUGCAGCUUUAGUGCUUUUGACUUCGAGAACCAUGGGAAUGCUAAGUAUGGUUCACCUCGUAAUGUAUCUCGUGAGAACAGAAGCUCUCAGGGAAAAAUGGAGAAAUCAUUCUUGAGUUUCCAGAGUAGUUACCCUUCUUGGGAAUCAGAUUCUCUUGGGAAGCAGUUUCUAUCCAAUCUCAGAGCCUUCCGGGACCGAAAGCUUCAAGAGAUAAACACAAGACACACAUUCUCUCCUAGCAGGGCGUGGCGUGAAGCUCCUAUCUUUCGUCCUGGUCAUAUAGAUAAUAACAGCGUUUUAUACAGAGACGCUCCGAGAAAUCCACGCAAUCACAUUGACUCCAUGUGGCUGAUUGAUUCAGAUCAGAGGAACCACCCUUAUCUUCUUGACUGGUACUACACUUCUCAGCCUCACAACAGAACCGAUCAUCACCCGGUAGAGAGAGUAGUGAACGAGCUCUUGACUCCAAAUCUAGACGGUGUGGACUGUUGGCCUCCUAAUCUGGGAGUCCGUGGUGGAGAUAUGGAAGCAAGCACGUCGGGUCAGUUCUUCAGAGAUAGCAUUCUGCGCCAGCGAGAACCUGAAGGAGAAGAAAACUAUGGUCAUCAUCAUCCUCUUGAUGGUAGGAGUCAGUGGUGGGGAAGAGGCGGAGACGGUUCUUCUCACAACGGUGCAUCUCAUCCCGCAGCGGCUAAUAGCUUCAUCGAGCCACCUGAUUUCAUAAACCCGUACACAGCGAGAAACUUGUUAGACAACUCGUGGGAAGGAAGAAGCAUUGAAGAAGAGGAGGAAGAAGAAGGUUUGGAUUGGGGAGAUGAUGCAAGAAGGAAUUUGUCAAGAACUACAUUCAUGGAUGAUGAUGAUGAUGUUGAAGGUGGGAUUGGUCUACAUUUCGGUGAUGUAUAUAGCUGAAGGACCUCAUGAAACUUCAACAUUCAUCAUCAAGCUUAGGGUGAACAACUAUGAAUUUUUUUGGAUUCAAAGUUGUUUCUUUUUUUCUUUGUUUUAGUGGUGAUUGACAUGGAAAGAUAGAGAUGCUUGUUAAAAGUGUUCUCUUGGACCUGGAAAAGAUGUGGGAAUAAUAACAUUUUUCUUUUCUUUUUCUAUGUUACAAGCUAACAUUUCAUGCAA